AAUAGCGUCACCCCUCUAGUGAUCAUUGGUAUUUAGGCAUGAUCAUUAUGUUUUUUGUUACGAAUAUUUCUAAGAUUUUAUGCACGUAUGGUCAACUAUGAAUCUUGGAGGCUGAAUCGCGGUUUACUUUAUCGAGAGCAAUACACCUUCUGUUCGAUACGGCAUAUAGUAGGACUUAUAUCGGGCUGUGAGAUCGAUUGUAUUGUGUUGAAAGACGUGUGUGUCGGGUCGGUGCAGCCGACUCUGUCGGUGGAUUCCCCGAAUAUUGAGGAUUUUCCCUGCGUUUGACCACCUUUCUAGGGUAUUGCUGAGUGCGCGGUGGUGGCGGAGUUAUUGUUUAUGUUUAUAUUCAGCGCGUUGUGCAUAAAACAUCGAUAUUUAUCAAUGAUUUGACGAAAAAUGGCUAAAAUAUUAAACAAAGACCCGUUCACUUAUCAACAAGAGAAAGAUGAAUUCAUGUCAACUCUCAAGCAAUUUCAUCGCAAUAGAGGAACUCCCAUUGGAAAAAAUCCAGUUAUAGGUGGAAAGGAGGUCGACAUGUAUUUGUUGUAUCGACAAGUGAUCAAGUUUGGUGGUUGGCGAAAGAUUAAUGAUGAACAGAUUUGGGAAAAUUUUCUGUCUGACUUCAAGAUUCCAGGAGGAUGCAGUAAUGGAACUCAGGCAUUAAAAUUCAUUUACGUCAGGUACCUAGAUGCGUAUGAGAAGGUUUAUUUCCACGGAGCUGACCCUAACCAGAGAGAUGACGAGGACUCAGAGGGACCUCUCCGUAAGAAGGCUUGUCUCCCGUUGUUUGGGAUUCCCCACUCCUACAACUACGACCAACACAAAGUUUCAGAUCAUGGGAGGAGUGUGGUGGGAAUGUCCACGGACUUUGUUAAGACCAGCGACUACCACAAACUGGAGAAGGCCCUGAUGUCAGGGUUUCCUAACGAGGUGGACUUUGCGAUCAAUGUGUGUACCCUACUGUCCAGUGAAAGUCGACACAGCCUACUGCUGAGGAAGGCCAGGAACCUGCUUCAACUUCUCAUGGCUCACAUAGGAAUCUUCUCUGAUGAUAAUGGAACAUAUGAAGAUGUGUACGAACAGGAAUGGAAGAAACUCUCUAACAAGAAUUUCAUUCAUUUUUGGUUUGAGACUGUCAGUGAGGAGACUAUCCGAGGCUUAGUUCACACUAACCGGGGAUAUGUAAAGAGAGAACUACUAGGUCAGUCUUUAUUGAACCUUGGACAGGAGGCAGGGAUACAUGAUCAGGAGGGACAGAGGGUUAUGCAGCUGGCUGUCAUAAUUAGGAAUCUGUCAUUUGAAGAAGAAAAUAUGAAAUUUAUGUCAGAAAAUGAUUUAGUCUUUAGAUUUUUAAUGCUGUGUAUACACAGUUCUUACGGGUCUCUUCGUCAGCUGGCUUUAGAUUCUUUGGGAAACAUUGCAGAAAAGUUUGUGCUUACAACAGAUGAUCACUCACAUUUGGUGCUGCAGAUUCUGAAGCAGUGUUUGUCUUCAGAUGACAAGUAUGAAGUUGUGAGAGGUCUGGAGAUUUUAAGCAAGCUUUGUCUACUUGAUGAGAAUGAAGACCAGCUGACAGAGAGUUUAGAGGACGCUUUAUACGCUGACAUUGUCCGACUGAUGAAUGUGUUUGAUAUUCAGAUUAUCGUGUACAGUCUGGAGGCACUAUAUCAGCUGUCAGAACUGGGAGAACACACCACAACAAAGAUUGCAGCUGUCAAACAUGCUGUGGAUCUGCUGGUCUCACUCUUAACAAUAGAAGCUCAGUCUUAUGGAGCUAACUCUCUGGUGGGCAUUAAGGUUGUGGAAUACUGUCCCCCUUUACACAUGAUGCCGGGGGUCAGUGUGGACCACGGUCAGGCUUCUGUAGUGCCAGGGACCCCUGGUCACCCUGUGUCUCAGCCCCUCCCUCCCUCUCACAAAACUGCACAGCAACAGAUGAGCACCACAGGUUGUGAUGUAGAGACUACUACUUAUCAGUGGUUACAGUCAACCUUUGAGCUCAAGGAUGGGUCCUCCUUGCCUCAUGUCCAUAUGUAUGCAGAGUACCUCAAUUUUGCCAAGAAGUUUUCACUGCCUCAAAUCUUGUCUUCUAAUGCCUUUGCCAGUUGUGUCAAGGUUGUGUUUCCUAACCUGGAACAGUACAGCACAGAGAAAGCUGAGGGUGUGUCAGAGGCAGGGUUUAAAGGCAUCUGUAAGCGGAAAACACCUCUACCAUUCGCCAUACCAUCCACAGUCAGUAAAACUCGUCUUAGUAGUGUCCCCCACUGUCCAUCUCCUGUUGUCAUGGCCAAUCAGUAUCCAUCACAAACUCCAACACUUCGCCAGAGGUUAAUGGAACCACCAAGGUUAUCUUCGUUACAAGCCUCUCCUCUCCUUCCUCUAGGUGGUGCUGUCCCCACAACAAAUCAGCAACAAAGUGCAAUAUACACGGCCACCAAACCACUGACUCAAACCAGUAGUUCUAAUAGCAAGUCAGCACAAAACCAACCAAGUAUUAUGUCUGUUGGAAAAUCCCCUCAACCAAAAACACAGCAGGCUCUCAAACAGCAUUUGAAUCAGGCCUCCCCCACUCAGAUGCCUGUACUUCCCCAGCAGACCGGCCCACCGAAUCCCACAAACCUACAGGGGGCAGACACAUCUUCCAAUGAAACAAGAAUGAUCAAGAACCUGUUGGCUAAAAAAUUAAAAGUUCAACAGUCAUCUCCAGUUCCUAUUGCUCCAAAGCAGACGCCACAGCCAAUUCAGGCUGUGGUGGAUCCCAAUAACCCAAUGCACUUAUUGACAUUCACUACACAACAGAGUACUCACAUUCAAGGUCAGUUACAGCAGGCGUUUGUACCUGUUGUCCAGGAUACAUCAGGGUACACUGUGACUGGGAACUACUUUGACCAAAGUAACCUUGGACAGACUUUCCAAAUACAGGGUGUGCAGCCGUUCAUGGAUGGUACACAACAGAUAGUAAUUCCACAAGCAACAGUAUCUAGUCAACCUUCCCUCCAAACAGGAUCUCCAAUAUCAGAUAAAAGUAAAGGUGCAACCAAAAACAAUGCUAGUCGUAACAGUUCUAGAACAUCUCGAUCGUCUUCACCCAAAGGAACAUCUCCAAAAAGCAAGCCUUCAUCAUCAUCUAGGUCUAGCUCACCUCGAAACUAUGAUUUAGAUGUAUGUGGAGAGGUUGAAAGAGCCAAAGAUGUUGUGAAAGUGGGACUUGAAGCCCGUAUAGAACGUAUAGAAAAUAAUUCUUUGAAACAAAUCCAGUCUGUAAACAGUACUACGCCGUCCACCUCUCAUCUUGUCACCUCAUCCAUCCCAUCUCCCAACACUGUGAUGCCAGCUUACCCAGUAGUUGGCAGUACCAACACUGGUGUCACUGGGAACGUUGCUGCAUCCUUCACUUUACCUAGCCAAACCAUUGCUGACAACACAACACUGACUCACCAGAGUCAGCUAAACUGUGCUACCUCAUCAUCUGCUAACCCCACAAACCAAUUCAGCAGUGAAUCCAUACCAAAUCAUAGUGAUUCAUCAUUCAAUCCUUGCUCAAUCACCAGCUCCAUCCCUCAGCAAUCCAUUGCAUCAUCAAACACCCCAAGGUUUAGUCCAGAGGACAACAGAAACACAAACUCCUGUGAAAGUGCUUUAGUAGUGAAAGAAAAACCAAAAAUGAACUAUAUUUGUACUCAAGAUGAAACCGAUGCUGCUGUGUCCUCUCUACUGAUUACAGAGGAAGACACGCAACAGUCAUUGUCUAAUGGAUCAGACACUGAUGUUCCCCUCACAACUGCUAUUGUUAGCUCUGCUGAUGAAACGGCAGCUGCCAUCUCCGCAAUAGAAGGAAUGUUAGAGGAAGAACCUGAGUGUGAGGAAGACGACAUUCCGAUGGAAGAAGAUGUGAUGGAACCCAUGGAGGAGGAGGCAUCGGCUGAAGAAAUGCCAGUUCUUACAGAGGAGAAGGAAUCAUCAGAAACCAUUCUACCUGAAAAUGUUAUGGGUUUGGACUCAAAAACGGAAAACAUUACCAUGAAUGGAGUUCUUAAUUCUCCUGGGGAAAAUGUCAUUCCUUCUCCAACAGAAGAGCAGAACCACAUGAGUAAUGGAAUCAGUGAGAGUGAAUCUGAGGAAGGCUAUAUCAAGUCCUCCAAACAUAUGGAUAAGUUAGCUUUGGAUAAACUUACCAAGAUCAAUGGUAUAGACAAACAUUUAGGAAAUGGAGGGAUGAACCAUAUUGGUAUUGAUUCACCAAUGAAGGAGGACAGAAUGGAGUUGAAUGAAGACUCGACCAAUGGGGAAGUGAUUCAAGGGGAAAUUGAUCAAGCAAUCAGUGGAAUUCUGGAAAAUGGAACAGACAUUUUGGAGAAUGGAGAACCAAAGGAAACAAAGUGUUACGAGUUAGCUGGAGAAUCAGAAACUGAGGACACUCUGACACCAAUGGAAGAAGAGGAGGAGGUUCUGAUAGAGAAUGAAAUGUGUCUCCAGCCAACAACAGCAGUGGCUGAUCAAGCCCCACCAGUGGUUGUAGGUUCAGAUAAUACAGAAGAGGAGGGUAACACAGAACCAGUGAUUGAAGGAAACAAUGGUUCAGAAGUGAAAGUGAAUGGUACAGAGGAAACAACAGUUAAGCAGCAAGAGGAAAAUAGUGAUGAGUGUAAACUACCAGUAGAGGGUUGUGUGGACAUUUUGAAAGCUGCAAUAGAGUCUGAGAAAAUAGAUGAAUGUGUCUUAAAUGGUGACAGUAAUGACUCACUUCCACCAGGAUCUAUAUACCCUGGUGAAAUUCAAAUCAGUGCUCCAAGUAUUCCGAUUGGUAACGAAAUGACUGCAACAGCAGUGGGUUCCAAUAGUAUCAAUCUCAUCCAGAAUGUCUUCACCAAUGUCCAAACAGUACAGACUGGUCUGGUGGUGGGGACCAUUGUUAGUGUCAAUAACAAUCUUCUGACCACCGCCACUGUGCCCCUGACCCUCACUGACAACAUGGUUGGUAAGAAGAUGGGUAUGGAGAUGUGUCCAGAGCGCCACGUUCCCACGCCGGAGGCAUCGCGAGAUGGAGAACUCAGUUGUGACAGUAUUGCAUCCACACUGACAGACUCUUCAGAUAAACAUUCCAUCACAUUUCAACCACCCAUUCUCAGUGUCCAGAACUUUCCAACAAAUGUUCUUGGUGUGCAGACAAUGCCAGUCAAAUCUCAGCAAUACAUCACCACCGUCAUCACCACUCCUAAACAAUCCUCACCCAGGACUCGAGAUAAACGAGGCAAGAAACGUAGUCGAAACGCUUCCUCAGGAAGUGCUGAUUCCAGGUGCUCAAAUUCCUCAUCAACGAUCACUCAACCAAUGGCACCACCUGCCCCAACAGCAGAUUACAUUUGUGAAUGGCAAGGCUGCAAACAGUGCUUUGAAAAUUUCAAGCAUGUGUUUAAGCAUGUGCUGGACACUCACCUGAAGAUGGACAGGGAAGGAUUCUGUCGAUGGGAGGGGUGUGAAAGACUACAGAGGAAGAAGUGGUCUCUAGUUACUCAUGUACAGGACCAUCACUGCUCUGAGAAUGCUCUGAAAGCAUCUACAAUGAGGCGGAAACAGAGUCAACAGAGCGGAACAGCCAUAGCUCCUCAAACAGUUCCAGCCUUAGUCUACCCCACUGAUGCAGCUUGGCAGGCCAUCCGAAGAUUUUCUCCCAAACCACCAUAUCCAGAAUUUACAGAAGCGCGAGAAGGACCAGUAACUAAGCAUAUCCGUCUGACUGCAGCUCUUAUCCUCAGGAACCUAGCUAGAUAUUCUGCACCUGGAAGAAGUUUAAUCAAGAAAUAUGAGCGUAGGAUCAGCUUCUCUGCUAUGAGUGCCCUGGAGUCAUCUAACGCCCUGGCUAACUGUCUGUUUGAGAUUCUACACGACCAUUGACCACAGACUGGGCUAGAGAGAGAGAGACUGUGAUCUUCAUGUUUAUUUUGUAGUUACCUCCCUUUGUUUGUAAGCAUUGUAAAAUGGCAUUAGUUGGCAGCUUUGUAUUAUGUUCUAAAAUAGAAUCUGUAUUUAUUUAAUCUCGAAUUCUGUCUUCAAAAGACAAUGGGAGGGAGUUUAAGGAAGGCUUUCUCCAUCUGAUUCGUUUCUACUUAUAAAUAAUGCUUUUGUUCAUUUUAUUGUCCUUGAAAGUGCAAUGGAUCAUGUUUAACAGAAAAGGAAAGUGUGUUGUACCAUACUAAAUGUAGUUACUUCAUGUAAAAUACUGUUUGAGAACUGUUUUGUUGAGAAAAUUGUCAAAUUUUGUAUUUUUGAAAUAUACAGGAAAAAAACAAACAAACAAAUGAAAGAUAACAAAUGGAUAGGGAGUGUGCAUAAUAAAUUGAGGGUCAAAAAUUGUUGGGGGAAGAAAUUAGAAGAUGAUUUUAACAUGUAAAGCUUUAGUGCUAAGGAGUUAAUAUUACUUGCUCUGUAAGUGCUUGCUUUGAUAGGUUUUUGAUGGACUAAAACAUAUCACUACAAAGACUUUUUUUCAUAUAUCCAUUGUGUUCAUCUCAUGCUUAUAAAUUAUCUGCUCUCAUUGUCAAACACUUUUAUUGUUUCUUCCCCUUUGUUGCUCCAGUGUAAAUUUUUUUGUCAUAAAUGAUAAAGUUUUACCAAUCUGUGUUCACAUUAUAUACUUGUGUGUGUGUUUUUUUAAAUAUGUGAAAAAUGUGUAUAAAAUCCAGAUAUCUAUUUAUUUGUUGACAUUGUAUUGGGAUGGUCAGAAAGAUGCUGUACAGACGUCAUUCCAUCGGUCUAGUUGUAGUUUGAAUGUGUAAAAUUGGAUUGUAAGUAUUACUGAAACAUUAUUUAUAGAUAUUACAAGAAAUUAUUUUGCAUUUCAGAUUUUCUCAUGCAUUUGUUGUAGUAAAAAGUCUUUUAUUGAACAGAUUUCCUGUUUGAAAGAAGAAAAAUUUAAAAUAAAUACAUAAAAAUAA